AUGACUGAGAAGAAAAUUAAAGAAAAGGUCAAAAAGCGGGAGCGUAUUGUCGCAUCAUUACAGCGACAUGCACAAUUUCUGGGCAGUUUCAACCCAGAUAUUCAUACGGGGGAAGUUCAGUCAAGACUGGACAAGAUUGAGGCAAAGUUUGAAGAGUUUGAGGAGGUUCAAGAAGAAAUCGCAGAGCUGGACGCGGAAGGGAUCUAUGAGGAGGACUGCACCACGGCCUACGAGGAAUUCGAGAAGCUGUACUAUCGUUUACGGGCGGCUUUGCUGGCAAAACUACCAACGGAGGAGACUGCUGUUGAGCUGAACAACACGUUAGCGCGGAAUGGUCAACAUGUAGGGGCGCACACUGGUGUUCGUCUGCCGCAGAUUUCUCUACCGGAGUUCGACGGCGACUACAAGGGAUGGCUGUCGUUCAAGCCAACGUACGUGUCGCUGAUUCACGAUUCUGGGGAGCUAAGUGACGUGCAGAAGUUCCAUUACCUGAAGUCAGCGCUUAAAGGGGAAGCAGCCAUACUUAUCGAAUCGCUAACGCUUACCAACGGUAACUAUUCGAUUGCUUGGAGCACGAUUACGAAGCGGUAUUCCAACGAGUACCUGUUGAAGAAGAGGCAUUUGCAGGCACUGAUGGAGUACCCGAAAGUGGAAAAGGAGUCGUCUGUGGCUCUUCAUGCUCUGGUGGAUGAAUUCGAACAGCGGCUGAAGAUUCUGAAGCAGUUGGGAGAGAAGACGGACGAGUGGGGUGCGAUGAUCGUUCAUUGGAUGUGCUCCAAGCUGGAUACGCAGACACUUCAGCUUUGGGAAGACCACGCAGCGUCUACAAAGGAUCCGACGUUCACGAUUCUAGUGAAUUUUUUGGAAAAGCGGACAAGGGUUUUAGAAGCAGUUUCAUCGAAUGUUGAAUUGAAAGGCAGUUCGCAGAAGGUGGAAUUCAAGCGUCAAAAGGUGACCGUUCACGCUGCUACAGAAGGGGAAAGAUGUGGUUCAGUCUGCUGUUGUUGUGGGGAUUCGCAUUUCUUGGGCCGGUGUAGUAAAUUUUCUAAAAUGUCACUGAAAGAGAAGCUGCAGUUUGUGAACAGCAAAAGGCUUUGCAGCAAUUGCUUGAAGUCUGGCCAUUGGGUACGCGAUUGUUCAUCAAAGUUUAGCUGUCGUGAGUGUGGAAAAAAGCAUAAUUCACUGAUUCAUCCCGGAUUUCCGUUGAGCAGCAGCGGUAUUGGAAGCAGUGAUCAGCCGGUGAGCAAACCGGAGAAGACACGGAACGAAAAAUCGGUGGUAACUAACGUGGCGGCUAGCGGGGUAGAAUCUGAAGACGAAGGCGAUCAAGGAGCGAUUGGAACAUACAACGUAGGAUUCAAGGGCGGGAAAACUUCGAAUGUACUACUGUCAACGGUUGUACUGGUCAUUCGGGACCAGCACGGAGGGAAACAGAUGGCUCGAGCAUUAUUGGACAACGGUUCGCAAGCCAACAUCAUGAGUGAGAGGUUGUGCCAGAUGCUUAGCCUGAAACGACGGACGAUAAACGUGCCAAUUAGCGGUGUUGGUGAAGCAGAAACACGAGCCAGAUUCCUAGUGAACUCCACAGUUAGCUCACGGGUUCAGGACUUCUCAGUGGGGAUGGAAUUCUUAGUGCUUCAGAAGGUAACGUCGGAGUUGCCAUCAGCGCACAUACCCGUGGCACACUGGAAGAUUCCAAAGGAUAUUCAAUUGGCUGAUCCAAACUUCAACAUCAGCAAUCGGAUUGAUCUUUUGAUUGGAGCAGAGCACUUCUACAGGUUCCUGUUCGAGCGGAAUACAAAACGGAUCACGUUGGGCCCGGGACUACCUAUGCUGAUUAACUCGGUAUUCGGUUGGAUAGUCACGGGGAAGGUUUCUGAUGCUUCAACUCAAGCAGUUAGCUGUUGCGUGGCGGCGGCUCCAGACAACUUGGAAGCCCAGUUGCACAGGUUUUGGGAGGUCGAAAGCAAUGAUAAUCGGCCAGCUUGGUCGAAAGAGGAACAGGACAGCGAGGAUCAUUUUCAGCGGACGUUCAGCCGCACGAAGGAAGGUCGGUACGUUGUACGUUUACCAAAGCACGUGAAUUUCGAUCAGAUGCUUGGUGAAUCUCGCACGAUGGCUCUAUCCAGAUACAAGAGACUAGAGCAACAACUAGGAUGGAACACAGAGAAGCGCUUGCAGUAUAAUGCCUUCAUGCAGGAAUAUCUAGAUCUUGGGCAUAUGAGAGAGGUUAACAGCGCGGAGCUAUUGCAGGAGACGACAGCAGCAAACCCCCGGAAGGUGUAUUACCUGCCGCAUCACGCGGUUUUGAAGGAAUCCAGCACUACAACAAAAGUUCGUGUUGUUUUCGAUGGAUCGGCCAGAACGGACAGCGGUUUUUCGUUGAACGACGCGCUUCUGAAAGGUCCUGUCAUUCAGGACGAGCUUCUCAGCCUUCUUUUGCGGUUUCGGAAGCACGAAGUGGCGCUUGUUGGAGACGUUGAAAAGAUGUACCGGCAGGUGCAGGUACACGUUGAUGAUACCAGUUUGCAGCGCGUCUUUUUUCGAUUUUCUGCGGACGAACCCAUAAAGGUAUACGAGCUAUCAACCGUCACAUAUGGGUUGACGCCUUCAUCAUUCUUGGCGAUACGCGCUUUACAUCAACUGGCGGCAGAUGAAGGAGCUGAAUGCCCGGAAGCAGCUGAAGCUAUAAUUGAAGACUUUUAUGUCGAUGACUACAUCGGAGGAGCAUCCAGCGUAGAUGAGGCCAUCCAGCUCCAAAACAAUCUCGAUACGCUGAUGAAGAAAGGAGGGUUCGCGUUACGAAAAUGGUGCUCCAAUAAGCCGGAAGUUCUAGCCGGGAUCCCGGCAGAUCAACUUGGAACCAAUUUAUCCUAUUCCUUCGAAAUAAACCCGGACGACAAGGUGAAGACUUUGGGAAUCACCUGGGAACCUGGGACAGACCAAUUGCGGUUUUUGUAUGACUCCAUGAACAGCGAGCAGAAGUGGACGAGAAGAAGCAUCCUGUCAUCGAUAGCUAGAUUAUUCGAUCCGCUGGGAUUGAUAUCACCAGUGAUCGUUACAGCAAAAAUGCUAAUGCAAGAGCUCGCGUUGCUUAGCACAGAAUGGGAUGCAUGUGUUCCCGUUAACAUCGAAGAGAAGUGGAAAGCGUUCCACUCACAACUAGACAAAAUCUCGGAAAUGCGAAUCAACCGAUUCGCUUUCAUCUCCAAUUGGGUGGAUAUCCAAUUCCACUGCUUCGCUGACGCUUCAACCCUAGCGUACGGGGCGUGUUUAUAUGUACGGACGAUGGAUUCAGCGGGAAACGUGUGGAUUGAACUACUUGCUUCGAAAUCACGCGUCGCACCGCUCAAAAGAUUGACGUUACCGCGGCUCGAACUUUGUGCCGCGAAGGAAGCUGCGCUUCUACACUCGAAAGUGACUAAAUCUCUGUCGAUGGAAAAGGUAGCCAACACGACACCAUGGGCCGAUGCUUGGGCCGAUGCAUACAGAGUAGUCAUGGCCAAAACGAAGGGCUCGUCAGCACCCUCAAAACGCUCCCUCGAAACGCUGCAGAAGAUUGUGGAAACGCCGUUCCCGCGCCACGAUACAAGGCCAAGGAACCCGUACCCUGGGGCCAAAAACGUCCAAAGCGAAGUCGCGAUCGUCCUGAGACUCCCAAGCCCCUCGCAUCAGUCGCGCUUGCAGAUUCCGGCCAUCACAGUCGUUCUGGUCCUGCAGUCGAAUAUGGUGACGGGGGCCUCCGACCUCUCUCUUCAGGCAAGUUUCCACUUAACUCUCAAGAUUCAUCCACUGACAAACUCUCAUGUUAUUGAUAUGUUCGGAUAA